AUGACAAAAAAGUUAACUACUUUUAAAAAAAUUGGGACUGGUCAAAUGCCAAUUAAUAUAGCAACCUUAGAAAGAAUGCGACAACCAGGUUAUCGUUAUAUAAAUAAAGGACUAAAUUUAAAUGCUACUCCCUUAGAAAAGAGUAAAUAUGACAUCUGUCAAGAUAUUUUGUCCUACACCCAAGAAAACCAUAUUUCUGACCAAGAUUUAAAGAAAAAGUUAGGAAUUAAGCAAAUUGAAUUAGACUAUCUUGUAUACUGUCAGGUUGACAAGUUUACUUUGGAUCAAUUAGUUUCCUAUGCUA